UCAGAGUGAGAGGUCAAUAGUCAAGAUGGCCGAACCCUGAGGAAAUGGGGAUGCGUCAUUAAUCAGAUGGCUCUGGCUAAUUAGCGCAAGAUCUAUACACAUUGAGAAGAUGGGCUCUCGUUUGAGAGAGAACCCUGACAAAAUAUUUGAAGUUUUUGCAGAAAUUGCAAGACCAAAUGAAUCAAGCAAAGCCCCUUUCGUCCUUCAGACUUACCCUGAAAAUUAUGAAGAUGAGGAAGUCUUGCAGUCUAUCCCCAAGUUUGCAUUCCCAUGUAACUUUGAAAGUCAUGCGGUGGAUCACUUUACUUUUGUAUUCACGGACAUCGAGAGCAAAUAUCGCUUUGGUUUCUGUCGUCACGCUGCCGGGUCACAAACUUGUCUUUGUAUAAUAAGUUUCCUGCCCUGGUAUGAGAUUUUCUAUAAAUUAUUGAACCUCCUGGCAGAUAUAUUGAAUAAGGACCAAGACAACAAUAUUGUUCCGUUGCUUCAAGCUCUCCAUGAGCACCAGCCCCCUGAAAAACCAGGGGAUAGCAUCAUCGCUGUGUCAAAGGACCACGACUAUAAACAUGAGUUUAUUUUCGAAAGUCCUAACAUCAACCGGUUGCCAACUAUUCCCCAAAAUAGGAAUCUUACAGAAUAUUACAAUGCAGUGGAUCCUACAAAUAUGAUGGUUAUAUUUGCCAAUAUGCUUUACGAAAGAAGAAUUCUGAUAACGUCCAAUAAGCUAAGCCGUCUGACGGCCUGUGUGCACGGGUGUGCUUCACUUAUUUAUCCAAUGCACUGGCAACACCUCUACAUUCCAGUAUUACCUGAGCAUUUGUUGGACUAUGUCAGUGCUCCCAUGCCAUAUUUAAUAGGAAUCCAUGCUUCUCUGAUGGAGAAAGCCCGUAAGAUGGAGCUCGGAGAUGCGGUAGUGCUGGACGCUGACAAGAAUACCAUAGAGACAGAACAUGAUGACAUCGCCACACUGCCACCUGAAAUUGUAUCCUCCCUGAAGAAGAGAUUACGAAGUCAGCAGGCUGACAAACUCAAGAACCAUAUGAUCACAGGUGACGGAGUGGCCAGGGCAUUCCUCAAGGCUUUAGUAGGACUAAUAGGUAAUUACAGAGACGCCCUGAAGUUUAGGCAGGGCGAGCAGAUAACCUUUGACCCAGAUGCUUUUGUCCAGUCAAGGUCUCAAAGCAUGCAGCCAUUCCUGGAAAAAAUGCUUCAGCUUCAGAUUUUCCAGCAGUUUAUCAAUGAGAGGCUGGAUUUGCUGAAUGGCGGAGAAGGAUUCAGCGAUGAGUUUGAACAGGAGACCAAUAUGUGGGCAGACAGAAAUGCUGCCAGUUCUUUACAUAGGUACAAAGAAUGGCUGGGAAAUAUGAAGAAACAAGGGAAGAAAAUAAAACGAGAAGGCAAGGACAGGUGGACAGUUUUUACUAGCAAGGCUAAUCCUCUGGUCAGAAAUGCUUUCAGCAGUGUGAAGGUUCAAAGCAAAAAGGCCUACAAGGAUCUUAGGAACAGGAUAGAAGACUUCAGAAAGGAUGACACCCAGACCAAGCCAGCAAUAAUACCAUCCACUGAAUUAAGAACAGAAAGGCCUCCAAGACCCCCACCCCCCAGCUUGUCAGAUAACAUGCUGUCCAAGCCUCUCUCCGGUAGAACAGCAUUACGACGGAGAUCAAGCUAUGAAAAUCCUGUUUCGUUCCAAAUGUCAGACAGCGAUGAUGACUCAUCAGAUCAUGUGCACCUUGAUUUGCUCUCAUCACAGCGAUACAAAGGAUUGCGCUUUCUCAGGGCCAAGCAGUAUCGAGUUCUAACCCUCGACCAGGUGGCAGAUGACUCGGUUCUUCCAGACGACCCAAAGAGGAUCAGCCUUGACCUUCUUCAGGACCCAGACAUUGAGAACGUCCUGCAGCGGUCACUCAGUAUGGAGGACUUGCUGACCGAUUCCUCCGAGGAUGAGGUAGUGAGGUCUGUGGAACUUACCAAAAAGAAGCGGACUCCUGAAGAGACAGGAUCAGCUGAGACCACUCCCAUACCAGCACCACGAAGGAGACGGAAAAAGAAAGACGAGGGAACCAAUAGCAGUAAUGUAUCAUGUGACAGUAGUCCCAGCUUAUCACGAGCUCAACAAGGUGAUGGGGACAAAUCAGUGGACUUUAACUUAAUUAAACUAGAAUCUGUUGAAGGUGAAAUUAAUUCAAGCCAGGCUGGACCUGCUUUGAAUGUUGAUGAUCACGAACGCUUACAACAGACGAGUCCACUCCCUGACGAACUCUCAAAAAGAUUUGAUGGCUUGCGACAUGCUGACACAAGUGACAGUGAUUUAGAUGAUUAUCAGGCUCAGAAGAUCAGUCUGAAACCAGCCUAUCCGAAGGACACCAAAAUCAACCUGAAUAGGGCACCUGCUUUCAGGAAAUCUCUCUACGAAAAGCCUCGGAGUGUUAGCAGAAGUGACAGCGAUGAUCCUACUAGUCCAGGGCAUGUGCAAGGUUCCACAGCACAAAAACCGGUGACAGUGAACGUUCAUGAUUUAUUUGAUCCCUUACUAGCCAACCAGUUCAGUCCAGUAGGGGGGCCCUCAGAGCUUCCACAGAGUAGUGCCAAUCAAGGUCAAGGUCAGACUCAAAGUGAGGUUGAAGGUCAAGGUACCAGAGUUAGCACAAAGCUGACAGAAGACGACACGAACCUACUUAAAGAAUGGAACCUGAAUUUUGAUAAAGCAGGUAAUAAGCCAGGCCUUCCUAAUGUCCAUUCUGCUCCUAAUUUGCUUCAACAACCCCAGCAGCAGGCUUCUGCUUUUCCUGUGUUGUCUACUCAGCUUGAUACCAAGUCCAGUCUCGACCAACAGCUUCAAGGUCAGCCAGUUCCAGCGACCAUGGGGACCCUUACAUUACAGCCCAGCCCAGCCCCCAGCCUCAGUCCCACACCAAGUCCUAAUGCUGACCAAGAUCUAUUCCAGAAUACCAGUGCCACCAGUACAAGUUUCAACUUCCAGGCCAUGCCAUCCUCAACCAGCAGUGCUUUUGGUCCUCAGACUGCUUUUAAUACGCCAGUAUUACCAGGUUCGUCCUCAUCUUGGGGUAGCAUAAAUUAUAUGGGGCCCACUCCCAUGCAUGCUGGUAAUAAAACUAACAUUGGUGGGCAGACAGGAAGUAGUAGUAUCCAGGUUGGUGCAAUGCAUGCUGGGUAUCACACUAACCUUAGUGGUAAUGUAACAGGAAGUUCAGCCAUUGGUACAAUGCAUGCUGGGCCUGCUAUGUCUUCAGUUGGUAGUUUGGCCCUAAGCCAGCAGCAGCAGGUUGGGUUACCGUACAGCAUGAGGCAACCUGUCCCUCUGUCAAGUCAAACUCCCUUUGCUUCGUCUAUGAUGCAUAAUUAUUCUAAUAUGGGGUAUUCUCCAGGCCAAGGUGCUCCACGCCAGACCAGACCUAUGACAUCAGGAGCCUCAUCAUCAGCAUUUGGAAAGGAUUUCUCCACAGCGGGCAAUAGAAAAACAUUUGUUUAUGCCCCUCAGCCUUAUAGAGGAUUGAAUACUGGCAGUGCAACAGGGGGAAUUCAAAGGCCUUACUCUGUGGUAGGAGUAGAUGGACCGAGGCCAUACAGUAGUAGCAGUAGUAGCUUGGGGCACAGUAGUUUCAGUAGCACUGUGCUCCAGCCACAGAAACCUGGAGAAAAACUGGAAAAGGAUCCAUUUGCAGACUUGUUAGACAUCAAGAGUGCAUCAGCUACCAAAAGUGCUCAGCAGGAGAAACCAGCAUGGGAAAAAUUUGAUUGAACAAUCAGAGUUUAUUUUAGAUUUUGUCAAUAGGUGGCAGCAUAUGGUUGAAUAUUGCAUCAUAAGGUGCCUGGACUUGAUUGAUAUCUGCCCAAUGGUGGCAGCUGAGAAUUAUGUUAAAAUUAUGACUAGUUAAUUGUUCCAUGUGAAUGUGUGAUAUAAUAUUUGAGGUGCUGCAUUUUUAUAUAUCAAGUAUAAUAUGUAAAUUGAUAAACUUGUGGUAAGUGUUAUAAUAAUGCUCAAAGGACAACUCAAGUACUGGAGAUGAAAAUUUGGAAUUGAAACAGAAAAAAAGGACUGCUGAAUUUGUAGAAUAUCUCUAGAUAUUUUAAUGUUACUAAAUAUUAAGGGUAAUAGCAUGAAAUAAAACUGAUGUGAUGGGGAUGUAAUUUUAUGUCUUGCCAUGAGAUGAGCCUUUUUAUUCACUAAAAGAUGUUCCAAAUGUGUAUACAGCCAAAUCCAAAAUGGCUGACUUUUGUGGACCUUCACUUCCUUGACUUAAAUUUGUGAGCGCAUUCUGACUAUAAAAGUGUUCAUUUGCAACUGUUCCAAGGAGAUGGUCUUAUUUAAUUUUUUAAAAAAGGAUAUUACAGGAAGAGUUUAAGAUAGAUUGACUAUGAUUGUUUUAUAGUAUGCCAUAAGUCCUCGAUUGUACCAUGAUAUGUAAGUCUGAUAAUUUUGUCAGAAGCGUUUUUAUUCAAGUUGGUCACACAAUUUUUUUUUUUUUUUUUUUUUACAUAUUGAUGGGUGUCAUGCCUCACAAUAAACUAUUCAAUUUUACUUUAUUCACUGCUUAUGACA